UCAGUCGUACUCUGCGCGUCGUCACGUGUGGACGUGUGUCGUUGCUGUGUGCGCCAAUUACGCGAGCUUUCAAAUUUACCUGUGGAUUGUUAGUGUCGUGCUAAAAAUGAAUUAUACACACUAGAACAGUUUUCACACUUCUGGAUUUGGCUUUGGAACGUGCAUGACCCUACGGACCCCCUUCUCAUUCAAGAUACGCGCUCGUCACCCUGAUUUAUAGAACCAUCGAAAGCCUAUCACUUCACAGCUUCAAAGUUACGGUGCGACGGCGAUUCAAACAAAAAGGUUUUUGGCGGGCAUCCUAGUGAAGUUUGCUUUUUCAUACAAUGGACAAAUACAGACGAAGGAAUGAUCAGAGAUGAAUCGAAGAGCUCGGAAAAAGUCUAAUCUAUUUCAAGACUAGUACAAUGUUAUAGAAUAAUUCUUCCAAGUAACUUAAGUCAUGUAAAAAGAAAGGAGACGUCCAGCAUCAUCAUAUCUUUUAUCAUAUCGGAGUAUCACCAACAAUUGGACAUAUCUUGUAUUAUGCUAGUCACCUGUAUGUGAUUAUUUAGUUAACGUUUUGCUCAAAAUCUACAAAAGUAUUUCCAAUUGUAGCUAAUUAAGGAAGUAAUGAACUAGAGAAUUAACUUUUAUAAUAUAAAAGUUACCCAAAGGAAGGAAAACUAAUUUAUAAUUAGAGAAAUAGUGUGACAUAGUAAAAAUGAAGUACAGCAUGUUCUUCUUACGGCGGCGGACGUUGAUUCUAAAAGCCGUUUUAAUACUGACGGCACUGUGGUUCAUGGUGGCGUUGUUAACGACUAAUGGAGCCGCGAGGAACGCUAUCGGCGCUCCUCCCAUUGAGUACGAGGACGCAGAAGCGAAACCAUUGAAAAUGGCAAAGCCGACUGCGACAAAGAGGAAAAGUGAAUCGUACGGAAACAACUUAUCCGACGCGAGGACGAGAGUCGAUUGGCUUGGUCGGAUCGCAGGGAACGAAGGGCUCGGAGUGAUUGCCGCGCCAGGUUCAGACAAUGCACCUGGGGAGCUCGGGAAGCCGGUAAUUUUACCCAAAAAUAUCAGCGAAGAGGCGAAAACGGCCGUUUCGGAAGGUUGGAAAAAGAAUGCAUUCAAUCAGUACGUGAGUGACCUAAUAUCCAUUAGGAGGAAGCUGCCCGACCCGAGGGACGAGUGGUGUAAACAGCCCGGUCGAUAUUUAGAGGAUUUACCGCAGACGUCUGUAGUGAUAUGUUUUCACAAUGAGGCGUGGUCAGUUCUUUUGAGGACCGUCCAUUCAGUCAUUGAUAGAUCGCCUCCGCAUUUAAUCAAAGAGAUCGUCCUUGUAGAUGACUUUUCUGAUAUGCCACAUUUAAUGCAACAGCUAGAUGAUUACAUGUCCGCACUUCCCAAAGUGCGUAUCGUUCGUGCCACCCGGCGCGAAGGUCUUAUAAGAGCCCGUUUGCUUGGAGCAAGAUACGUCACGGCCCCCGUCCUAACUUAUCUCGAUAGUCACUGUGAAUGUACCGAAGGUUGGCUUGAACCCUUGUUGGAUAGAAUCGCACGAAAUAAGACAACAGUCGUCUGUCCCGUUAUUGAUGUCAUCGAUGACAACACACUCGAGUAUCACUACAGAGACUCGUCGUCUGUCAAUGUUGGUGGUUUUGACUGGAAUCUCCAAUUCAAUUGGCACCCAGUACCAGCGAGGGAACGUGCGAGACACAAACACACGGCAGAGCCGGUCUGGUCGCCGACUAUGGCCGGUGGUCUGUUUGCGAUCGACAAAGAAUUCUUCGAAAGACUCGGAACCUAUGAUAGCGGUUUCGAUAUUUGGGGAGGAGAGAACCUAGAACUUUCAUUCAAAACUUGGAUGUGCGGUGGAACUUUAGAAAUCGUUCCCUGUUCUCACGUAGGCCAUAUAUUUAGAAAACGAUCGCCGUAUAAAUGGCGAACAGGCGUAAAUGUGCUGAAGAAAAAUUCUGUGCGAUUGGCUGAGGUAUGGCUAGACGACUAUGCAAAGUAUUAUUAUCAGCGCGUCGGUAACGACAAAGGUGAUUACGGUGACAUAAGCAGUCGAGUGGCGCUACGAGAAAAUCUUGGAUGCAAAUCUUUUGAAUGGUACCUGAAGAAUAUUUAUCCUGAGCUCUUCAUUCCCGGCGAAUCAGUAGCACAUGGCGAGAUUCGAAAUGUCGCCUUCCAAAAGACUUGCUUGGAUUCACCGACGCGCAAGUCAGAUCACCAUAAACCAGUCGGACUUUAUCCGUGUCACCGUCAAGGAGGAAACCAGUAUUGGAUGUAUUCAAAGAACGGUGAAAUUCGCCGAGACGAAACAUGUCUUGAUUACUCUGGCCACGACGUUGUUUUGUAUCCGUGCCAUGGUGCCAAGGGUAAUCAAUUAUGGCUGUAUGACCCCAAUACGAAGUUGUUACGGCACGGCUCAAGCGAGAAGUGCAUGUCAAUAAACCGCAACAAGGACAAGAUCGUGAUGGAGACGUGCAACGAGAGCGAGUCCCGGCAGAUGUGGAACAUGGAGAACUUCAAGCCGGAGCGGCUCAGCCCCGAGCUCACGGCUGAGUAGCCGGAGGCCUACGACGAACUGCUGUUCAUAUAACAGACAUGGACUGAGUGAGUUCUCCUUGUGACUGUACCCCUAGUUCUAUAUCACUUGUUGUUGAACGCAUCGUGCUUCUAGAUAUCGUUUGAUGUUCCGAAACAAUCUUCGACCCCUCUAGGCCUAAUGUUUAUAGAUGAAUCGAUGUUAGCAUUAUCGAUUCUCUGUUCACUACUAUUUUCGUACUGUUAAGACUAGUUGUUAUGAUUGAAAUUCCUACGUGUAAAUGUUCUUUUUGUAACGAUUUUAUGCCGACUCGAUGUCAAGUCAUAUCAAAUUGUAAAUUACCAUAUCCUAAUAGUAUUCCUUGUGAAGUAUUAACUAUAGGUCUUAAUGUGAAAUUAAUAGGAAAUUAUUAAAUGUACAUAUCUUGACUACAUAUUGUUAGUAUCAGUGGAUAACAAAUGUUAUCGAAAUAUGCAUUAGGUCCUACUACAGAUAUAAUAUGUGAUUUUUUGAUGUAAUAUCUUCAAUGUUUAGUUAGUUAUGUAGUUUGUCUUGUCAUUAUUUUGUUCAAAGUAUGAACAUACUAUGUAUUUUAAAAUCUAUUUUAUUGUUUAAACGAAUUUACUUCAAUAUUAUGUUAAUAGUUACUGAAAUGAGUCUGUCUAACUGACUGAAUAACUUAUAGGCUCUAUGUAAAGAGUAUUUCCUUUGUAUAUAAUAUAGAUGUUAAAAUAUUAUAUUUAGUGUUACGGUGAAAAUUAAGUGUUGUUUUCGAUUUUGUUAUAAUAUCAGAGUUAUUGUUAAAAUUCCACGUUUGAAAAUAUAAUAUUUAUCAAAAGAGCUAUUUUAAAUUGUAUCAGAUUUUACUUUUAUUUAUUUCGUAUUUUAUUAAAAUUGUAUUUAUUUGAAUCUCUAUUUUACUAAAUAGAAAGACGAAUUUUGUAUUAUACUAUAACUGAUGUUCUCUAACAUUCAUAUUAUUAUCUCCAUUUAACAUUCCUGUUUGUGAUAUACAAAUAUAGUUAUUGUACAUAAAUACUCGAUACUGCCAGUACAUUAUUAUUAAAUAAACUAGCAUAUUAUGGCUUCUAAAUAGUUAUGUAUUUAUAUAUUAACAAUAACUAUUUACCUUACGCAUUUUUACGUAAUAGAAAAAUUGUGCUUUUUCACUAAUGAAACUCUAGAUGUGUAAAAUUUGUGAUUGAUCUAUUGUGUAGCUCUUCCUUUAUAUUUUUUGAUGUAUAUAAAUAAAUAAGCAUUUAUGAGAUUAGGAAGAUUGUUUAUUAUAAACAUUUCUUAUAACUAGUUGUGUAAUAGUCCUUAUGAACUAUGGAGGCGAUUCUGUAUUGCCUUCGAUAUUAAUAAUUUUGUAUCGUUUGAAUUAUAAAGUCUUCAACUAUUUUUGUGGUUUCUAAUGCUUUUAGGCAAAAUGCGUGGGAAAGAAGCCUUUUUCAUCUUUCAAAGUUAUUAUUUUUAACAGACUUCUAUUUUAUUUGAUGUAAAUUCAUUAUCUUGGUCAAAUUUUAAUAUUUAAAAAAUUUAAUUCAGUAUAAGUACUUGAUUGUAAUUAUUGCCAUGUAUAUUUAUUUAUUCAGAAAUAUAUAUUCGGAAAACAAUUUGUAAUAGUUUCCUUAAUAACGUCUUAGAUGUAUGUAAUUUUGUUGGCUACAACUCUACAAUAUAAAGAGAGGCAAAUAUUUCGCAAAGAUAUUCAAUUUCUUAUAAAUAAAUUACUACUAAGGUACUUUUACUUGCCUUGUAGCAAAGAUACAAUUUCUCUUUAUUAAUAUUAAGAUGUGUACAGAUACAUAGUGGAUAAUAUUGAGUUAGGAAGUUAUAAAUGUGCCUUAUAUUUACGUAAUAAUUGUAUUUGAAUGUUAAAUUUUCUGUAUAUAAUGCAAUGUCUCUAAAUGUAAUAUAUCGUGUCGUAACGAUAAAUGGCGGUAGUAAUAUUUGUAAAAUAAAGCAUUAUGUUGGAUUUAUA